GACUCUGUCACGUGACAGUGCGGCUGGCUGCUGUAUCUCGUCUUUGAGCAGCUAACGCUCAGUGCAGCCGCGAUCAAAACAGACGAUUACACCCUACAAGACUGGAGACAGGUGUACUCAAGUAUAAUAUCCGAGCUUCUUCUGUGGAUCAGACCGAUCUACCUAUCCUUAUCAAAUGGAUGAUGGGGACUGGGGGAAUAGGUUGACUCACCCAGUCACCUUAAAUGUUGGGGGUCACCACUACACGACCUCCAUCUCCACUCUUCAACGUUACCCAGACUCCAUGCUGGGCGCCAUGUUCCGCGGAGACUUCCCCACCACACGGGACGCUCAAGGAAACUACUUCAUCGACCGGGAUGGGACACUUUUCCGCUACAUAUUAAACUUCCUGCGCACUUCAGAGCUCACUCUUCCUGUUGACUUCAUGGAGAUGGACCUUCUGCGUAAAGAAGCUGACUUCUAUCAGAUCGAGCCUUUAAUCCAAUGCCUCAGUGACCCAAAGCCUCUGUACCCGCUGGACACCUUUGAGCAGGUGGUGGAGUUGUCCAGUACCCGCAAGCUGUCCAAGUACUCCAACCCAGUAGCGGUUAUUAUCACGCAACUAACCAUAACCACCAAGGUCCACUCGCUGCUGGAGGGAAUAUCCAACAACUUCACUAAGUGGAACAAGCACAUGAUGGACACCAGAGACUGUCAGGUGUCCUUCACCUUUGGACCAUGUGACCACCAUCAAGAGGUGUCUCUAAGGGUCCACCUCAUGGACUACAUCACCAAACAGGGAUUCACGAUCCGGAACACACGGGUGCACCACAUGAGCGAGCGUGCCAACGAGAACACAGUGGAGCACCACUGGACUUUCUGCCGACUAGCAUAUAAAGUAGAAGAUUGACCAGUCUAUGAAUGUGCUACCAAAGGUGGUUGCUGCUGUUUCCAAUGCAAUGUUUCAAUCUGUAGAAAUUCCGUUGCCAUUUGAGACCAAGAAGAACAAAAAAAGAGGGAAUGAAAUGUAAAGGAUCACAUGAUGCAAUGCAGAAUGUUUCACAAAUUAAUUAAAAUAAUAUAUGAUACAAACGUAUUUGCAAUACAUGUAGAUAUAGAUAAUACUCAAGCAUCUUUCAGUAAUCUAUGAACACCGUGCCCACAAUCAUAAAAAAUAAUAAUAAUAAUACUUGUUUCAGGUAUUCAUUCGUUCCAUCAGAUCAAAAAUAUAUCAAACAUUGUGCACUAUGUGCAACCUCAAGAUGUUAUUUUGCAUGUAUUUCUAACACAUUCUUUAAGUAUUAAGUGUCCACAUGCUGUAAAGGGAAAUGCAUUUGGUUUGUUCAUCGAUUUAAAAAAAAAAAAGCAUCAAUAUGAGUCAGUUGUGUGAUUAUCCACUGCGGAUGAUCCACUGCUAAAUAAUAGAGGCACAUUUCAAAAUUUCACUCAAAAAUAAAAAUACUGACAUCGUGUCACCCUCAGGUUUCUCCAAACCUGUCUGAGUGUCUUUCUUCUGUUGAACUCAACAACACAAUACAACUUUCUGAAGAAAGUUGAUAGCCAAACAAUUGCCAUAUCAUGGAAGUCAAUGCUUACUGUCAACUUUUGGUUACCAACAUUAUGAUGACAGAAAUCAUAUUUUUGUGUAAACUUUCCCUCCCCUGUAUUUAAACGAAUACAGAUGUAUUUGUUUACUUCUUUAUCUUUGUAGCAGUGAGUGAGAACCCCAGUAAUGAUGAAUAGUCCCUGUGUGUAUUGAGACUUGGUAGAGUCCUGCCAGCGGACCUAUUAGAACACACUAUCCGGGACGUUCACGUCGCCAUGUUUGUUUCCUGUUCUGUGAGCGCAGGCAGCGGUAACGUGCUUGAAGAUCAGGGUUGAAGGACAACUGUUCAUAUGUCUUAUUCUAGCGAUUAAAACUCAUUUUCAUAAGUGCAUAUUAUUGUGCUGUGCUUUAGAAGUGUCUCGGCGUUGACUGUUUUAAAGAAAAAGAUGUUUAGAAAAAGUCAGAACCUAAAAUAUAUAUUAAGUCUUGUACCUGGAAAAAGACGUUUUGGGACGUACAGGUUUUUGCCCUUGUUCUUCUGUAUCGGGGGCGUCAUGGAGUGGACCAUGAUUAACGUGAGAAUAGGAAGAGAAACGUUUUAUGAUGUCUACAGAAGAAAACAAUCGGAGAGAGAAUAC